CGCCUCUUACGAUCAUGCAAUGGGGGCAGCAGGUACAAUUCUUACGCCCUACCUGCACUUCCUUGCUCUCAUUAAUCUAAUUGAAUAAUACGUAUAUACCCCCAACAUUUAUUUGUUUGGAUUUUACUUUAAAUGGCCCUAUUGGAUACACGCAAUUUUUUUAUUAAUUUAUACAUAUGGUAAAAAUAAUUCUUUGCAUAUCUGUUACAGAUUCAUUAAAAACUCAAGUCGUCGGUAACAACACCGCCUCCCCGAUCACACCUAGAACCGCCGCUCCAGCCUCCCCGACCACGCCUAUAACCGCCGCUCCAGCCUCCCCCACCACAGAUAGAACCGCCGCUCCAGCCUUCCCGACCACACCUAGAACCGCCGCUCCAGCCUCCCCCACCACAGAUAGAACCGCCGCUCCAGACUCCCCGACCACACCUAGAACCGCCGCUCCAGCCUCCCCGACCACAGCUAGAACCGCCGCUCCAACCUCCCCGACCGCUCCCACUUCUCCUACCACAGUUAGAACCACGAGUAAUGACCCAGACACACAAGAUUUCCUCAUAGCAGUGUCCUUUAAUGGUAGAUUGUCUGCUAUGUGCGACGCAACAGACGGUACCGUCAUUCAUCGUCAUCAUCAUUUGAUGAAACGACCUUCACCACUAAUUUGACUUCCGCAUCAACCCCACGACAUCUGUUAUCACAAUAUAGAGGAUCCCCACAAAUGGGUGUAAGAGCUGUCAUGGUGAACAGGUCAUUAUCAUCCCCGACUUUAAGUUUGAUACCCCUCCAUCCUCUGCGUUCGGCAUCAUCUCUUCCGCCGUCAACACCACCAACCCCUCAUCGUCCUCGAACACGGCAGAUGAGUCGGGUUUUGAAUAUGUUUCUUGUUUUAUUGGUAAAAUAAAUCUG